UUAUAUCAACAGUUGGUCAAGUUUGUCAUACUAUAUUUUAACUGGAAGAGUCAGGAAUUAUUCAUGAAUUCUCAAAGUUAUCAUAGUUAAGAAACGGCAAAGCUUGGCGACCAAGAUAAAAGAGAUCAGUCACUUUCAGUAAACGUGUCCAAGAAUAUUCAACGUUGGUUUUGUCUUAUAAAUACAUAACCUUCACAUACUCCGGACCACACACGUUUUCUUAUAAACUCCGGUCAUGUCUCUCUUAGCGUCCUUCUUUGGUUGCUUCGUUCCAAAAUCUGGCUCAAAGAUAAGCUCAAGCGAUGGUAGUAACUCGAAAGUCAUGUCCUUAGAGAAACCAAAAAGCAAAUCCAAAUCUCCAAGAGCUCCAAUGAUAGUGUCUUAUUUUCCCGUAGGUUCGAAUCUUUCGCGUCUGUGAGAGAAGGCCAGAAGAUGAAGUGUGUGGGAUGUUGACAUAUUUGUUGUGAAGGCUUUCGUUUUUGUUUUGUUCCUCUAGUCCUCUUUUUCUGUUUGAUUAUGUAUAAAUUGUAAUAGACCAUUUAAAUAUUUUAAUAAAUGGCGAGAAUUCCAUUUCCUAUUGUGAAGAUGGUUUCGUCGUUGCGUUU